AGUGACCAGGUGACAAGGAUCCAUGAAAGAUGAAGCUCUUUCUGCCUCUUCUGUUGGUUGCCAUCGCUGGCAUGGAGUUUGCCCAAAGCUUGAAGUGUUACACCUGCCAUGAACCUACAGCAUCUGAGAAGUGCAUGAAGAUCCAGAAGUGUGCUAAGAAUGAAACCAUGUGCAAGACAACCAUGUAUUCCCUGGAGGAAGUUUAUCCUUUUGUGGGACUCUCAACUGUCACCAAGAUGUGCUCUUCAGUCUGCAGCCCAUCUGAUGUGGAUGGGAUUGGCAUGACGCGCCCCGUCUCCUGCUGUUACUCCAACUUGUGCAACAUUGAUGGUGCAGCUAGUUUGAGAAUCAGCUUUGUGCCAGUUGGGAUGUUAGCAAGUGUUGUUUGUGGUCUCUUCUGGUCUAGACUGUGAGGAGCUGAGAAGGGCACAUUUCUGCCAAAGAAGCCAGUGGAGAAGAGAAUGAAACACUGAUAGCCCAGCUUUCCAUUUGGAUGCCUCAUGGACUACCUUCAACGUCUUCCACAAAUAGUGUUUCUAGUUCCCAAACUCCUUCCAUAAUCAGGAGGGAAGCAAAAAUUCAGGAAUUCUUAACAAAAUUUUUGAGGUUGAUUCUACAAUAUUUCCCACAGAAAUAACUUUCUUUCCUUUGCUGGUCUGGUUGAUUUUGAACUAAAAUUUAUGGUUUGUAUAGUAUAUUUAAAGCAAAAGACACAGAGCUAAGUGUUCCUUAGAGCAUUCUCUUCCCCACAUGUUCAUUAGCAGAAUAGCUGAACUGACCAAUCUUCUCAUAUGAAAUUCACUUUUAUUGCAGCAUAUCCCCUCCAGCCCACAUUUUUGUGCUGGUUCUUUGUGCUGCCUAGAUUUCCUUCUUAGUGCAUAAGAAGUUAGACAUUUCUAUGCUUCCAGAAUAUGAGACAGGAGAUCAGUGACCUGAUCCAAGAAAGCUGAAAUCCCUUUUGUUUUUUGUAGCCUUUUGAGCAAAAUAAAAGCAACGUUGUGUUAAAACUGUAGUGGUUGCUGAAGUUAUUUAUAAUGAUGUACCUGUAUUCUGAUAAAAUUUAUUUUAAUUUUUACUUCCACUUACUUUCAAACUCCAGUUCCCCCUUCCAGUAUUGUUUUAUACAGUGGGAUGAGUUAGGUCUUGUGAUCAGUCUUGGAGUAAACGUGUAAGACAUUUCUCAUUAUUCCCUACUGACCAAGGCCUUCCAUCAGUAUUUCUUUCACAAACUCCACUUGUAAGGAACUAUCCUUAUUGGGAUGAUAGGUUUUGUUAAAUUCUGCCUUAAUUUGGAAUUCUGAUCUGGUAUGAUUCUUCCUUUUCCUAUAAAAUCCUUUUCAAGAUUUACCAGCAAAUUACUUCUCCUCUAAUUAUCACUUUUUUAUUAUAUUUGAAAUUAUCAAUAAAGAUGUUAUUUGAAGCCUUU